CACAGGGAUUUAGAUACAAGUUGCACUCCCAUACCCCGGAUGCAAUUAUUGUGUUUGUUUCGGCAGAGAAGGAGAUGCCUCUGCCCAUACAGGUCUUUAACUUUCAGGGGGCUGUUGAGCCGAUGCAGAUCGAUGCUGACCCCCAGGAAGACCAGCAGAAUGCUCCAGACACCAACUAUGUGGUGGAAAACCCCACACUGGACUUGGAGCA